UGUCAUUCUCUCUUAUAACCGUUUUAACCAUAUAAAUAGCUUCCUCUUCUAUUUCUAAACCAAACUAAUCCCAUUCUUUAGGUUUCGUUUUUGUUAUUCUUCUUCAACCUUCUUCUCUCUCAUUUGGAUUUUCAUCUCAGAUAAAGAAUAUGCAUAAGGGUAGAGAAGUUCAAGAUAAUGUUUUUAAACCAAGAGGGUUUAGAAAUUUUGGUGGUUCUGGUUUCCACAGAAUUAUGACGAUGCCUAGUCUUUUUGGAGGAAGGGAUCCAUUUGAUGAUCCUUUUUUCACUGAUUCAUUUGAUAAUAUGUGGAGUCCAAGUUCUGCUUCGUCAGGAUCAAUGCAGAAGACAAACAGAGAAAAAGGAGUUGUUAUAAAAGAAUUAGACCCUGAUGAUGAGGGCGUUGAUAAUUUUAAUGAGAAAAUUUAUCGGUCACCAAUGGAGCCAUUUGUUGAGCAUCCAGAUGAUGAUAUUGAUGAGAAGCAAACCAAUGGUAUUACAUACGAGAAUGGUCAUCGCAACUCAGAAGGACCCUCUAAGGGUCACACUUGCAAUAUGUCUUUUAAGACUAGUAAAGUAACAUAUGGCGGUAUAGACGGUGCUUAUUAUACUUCUACCCGAACCAGAAAGACGGGGUCUGAUGGGAUGGUGAUAGAGGAAUGCAAAGAAGCUGACACCUCAAGAGGUGAAGCAACACAUAGAAUCACAAGAGGAGUCCAUGAUAAGGGCCAUUCAGUUUUGAGAAAGUUUGAUUCAGAUGGGAAGGUUGAUAUGACACAGAUGUUGCACAAUCUUAAUGAAGAUGAGCUUUCACGCUUUGAGGAAACAUGGAAAGAAAAUAAUCGAGCGCGCUUACCUGAUUAUGAUGUGCAUAGGCAGAAAGAUUUUAGAGUUGGUGAGGUAAACAAAAACAAGGUGUGGCCACUUUCAUUUUUGGAGCAGCAUAGUAGAGCAAGAGGAUUUGCAUCAAAUUUUGAAACAGGAAACAGUUCUGAGGGAAGAGCAAAGAAAAUUGUUAGAAUCAAUAUUGAGUGAAAAAUAGGACAUGAGAGAGUCCAUUUACUUUUGUCUGUAAAAUGUAGAAUGAAGUGUGCUGUAGCCUGUAGUAUGAUUUAGAAUUACCAUGAAUAGAUUAGCAUGAGUACAGGCUUUUGAUAAUACCUUAGAGCAAAUUUUGUUUCUGAAUUCGAAUCUUAAAGUCGAGCGGAGAGCAAGCAUGAAUGUCAUGGAUGGUUGUCUGGAAUAAGCCUCAAGUCAAGACGGGUGUCUGUGCCUGGAAUUCUCGUGGUGUAUACCCGAUCCUUGUAAAUUUUGCAUGUUUUUUUGUUUGUCUCAACACUUUCUUUCUUAUUUGUGUAUUUCUUGAAUGACUGUCACUUACUUAAGGGUGUUUUUAGA